AUCAUUUUCAAUAUCCCACUGUAGAAGAACCAGCAGAGGCAGUCAACUAAUGGGAACCAUGGGAAAACCGUGGCCCAGCAGUUUAAGUGAACCGUGAUGUUGAAGGUGAUCAUCUGGACGUGAGGCUGAGCUCUGAUACAGCGGAUGGUGAAAGGCUGAGGAGUACUCCCCCUGCAGAGGACCUCCACAGCCCCUCCAGACACCUCAUGGCUCUGGACCACAGUAAUGGAAGCCCACACACCUUUUGCACAGUAGCCACGAUGCAGCUUAAAGGGUGGUGCGUGUAAAAGCAGAGGAGAAAUGAAUGGAGGAAAGGAGUGUGAGAGUGGAGGCGAGGAGCGUCCGGCCCCUGUGCAGGUACCCAUUGGCUGGCAGCGUAAGGUGGACCCCGCUGGACCGGUCGCCUACAUAAGCCCCAGUGGCUCAGUGCUGACCAGCCUGGAGCAGGUGAAGACCUACCUGCUGACGGAUGGGACCUGCAAAUGUGGCCUGGAGUGUCCACUCAUCCUCCAUAAGGUGUUUAAUUUUGAUGCGGCAGCUGCAGUAAAGCAGAGGACAGCUGAGGAUGUGAAGGCUGAUGAAGAUGUCACCAAACUGUGCAUCCACAAGAGGAAGCUGCUGGCUGUGGCCACACUGCACAAAAGCAUGGAGACCCACUCCCCCCUUAGCAUUACCAGCCCUGGAGGUACAUCAUCUGUGGGAGCUCCGCAUCCCCUAAGUCAGCGAGCAGUCAGGACUAAAGCCCAUGAAGGCCAGCCCAACGCUGUGGGCCCAGACUGCAAGAACCCUUUCAAGAUGAUGAUGGCAGCGGGGCAGCGGUAUCCACCGCCAGAGGUGGGCGCCAGCCAGCAGCCGGAGAUGUAUUCUGGAUACCAGAGACAGAGGCUGGCCAGUGGAGACCCAGGUCCCAAGUCUCCUUAUCGCUCUGGGUAUGGGGGCAUGCUGAGCCCCCCUCCAACUUCAAAAAUGUAUGGAGACGGUUCUCAGUCUCCUUGUGCUGACACUCUGGGGAGCCCGGAUGGAUUUACAAGGACCGGUUUGUGUGGGUUUCCUGGAGGUGGAAGUCCCAGCUCUGGACCCCACCUUGGGAAUAGUCGGACACCUCUUUCUCCUCCCAGUGUCAUGCUUCAUGGCUCCCCCCCAGGUCAGCCCUCUUGUUCCAUGACAGGAAGGACUAGUACUCCUCUCUCCCCAGCGGCCACGGCCAAAAGCCCUGUCAUGAACUUACCCCGGGGCACUUUCCCCUCUGCAAUGGAUAUGCCCCGUGCUCAAUUCCACCAUAAAACACAGCCUCCGGUACACCCUGUCCCCCCACACCCAUCCUGCACUCUACAAAAAAGGCAGUUGACUUCUGAAAAAGACCCUCUGGGCAUCCUUGAUCCCAUCCCAAGCAAACCUGUUGGCCCAGUGUCCAAUGUGCCCAACCCCAACUUUCAGCCCCCCCUUCACUCUCAGGUACCAGUGAUGAAUGUAAACAUCCCGCCCCCUGCCAUUGUCCCUUUGCCAAGCAACUUACCUUUACCCACAGUGAAGCCGGGCCCCGCGGGGCACGGGGGCCAUGUUCAGAGGACUCAGGCGGGAGCCACUGCCUCUGUGUCCCCGUCCCCUGUCACAUCCCCUGUGCACAUGGCAGGGCCCAUACACGGCAGGAUGGAGGCCUCCCCCCAUCGCUCCCGCUCCUCGUCCACGUCCUCUGACCACGGCAGCUUCGCCAUGCCCUCUGGACAUCAGCCCCCAUGUGCCACCAUGAAGGUCCCACCUCGAUCUCCCAGGUCAGCCAUGGGCUCACCCAGGCCCAUGCCCUCCAGCCCCUCUACUAACAAAAACGACCCUCUCCAUCAGUACAAAGACUCCCAAAUGAUGCCCGCCAUGGCCAAUACUGUGUGUGCACAACAACACAGUAAUCCCAUGUACUCCCCCACCUCUUCCUCCCCCUCCUCGUCUACUUUAGCCAACCCCAGCGCUUCCCAGAAGGGCCACCCAGGACUCCUGGGCAUGCCCCUUAACCAGAUCCUGAAUCAACAGAACGCUGCUUCCUUCCCUGCCAGCAGUCUCCUCUCGGCCGCAGCCAAAGCACAGCUAGCAAAUCAAAAACACAGUACGCCCAGCAACACCUCCGCUGUGGCCAGUGGCGGGGUAUGCAUGGCGGGCAUGGGUGCUGGUGGGCACCCCGGUCCCGGGAGUGACCCUCGUAGCGUAGAGGGACACAGCACUUUAAAUCCUAUGCUCCCUCCUAACUCCUCCAUACUGCUGAACAGCCCAGAGGGUCAGAGUGGCCGGGCGGCUCUGAGAGACAAGCUCAUGGCCCAGCAGAGAGACCCCACCCGCAAAAGGAAAGCCUCUUCUGGAAACCUGCCUGUAAAUCACGACGCAAGCAACAGCACAGUGUACAACAUGCUGAGCAAACCGGCCAUGGGCGGACCUCACAUGCCUGGGCCCAGUGCGACUGAGCAGCUACGCAAAGUGGGGCGCAUGGGUCCUCUUCCUCCAAACACCUCCAUGGCUCAGCUGCUCCAGUCCAUGAGCUGUCAAAGCUCCCACAGCCUGCGGCCCGGCCUCAGCCCUGGUCCAGGAGCUGGGCCUCACCACUACAGUCCUGGGGGCCCUGCACAGAACCUUUUAGCACAGCAAAGGCUCCGCGCAUCAGGAGACCCCAUGCAGCACUGCCAGAGCAUGGAGUCCUCUGGGGGGCUCCUGGGACAUCAUCAGGGCCAGUUCUCCGACAUAAUGUCCCAGAUGCAGACCACAUCCAUGAAUAACUGUGGACCAGUUGGCCCUGGAAAUGGACAAAUGGACUGUAUGCCCAUGGGACGCCCCAGCACUAACCCCCCACCACUGUCCCAUCCGGGCCCCCAUCCGGGUCCUCAUCCGGGUCCUCACCCUGGUCCUCACCCGGGGGCUAUGUCCCAUCAUGCUCAGCAAACCCUUCUUCACAGUAUGGGCAGGACUAGCAUGAUAAUACCACAUGGAGGCGCUGAUGGCAGCUGUUCACAGCCCCUCGCCGAUCAAGUGAACCCUUCGUCUCGCUGUGGGAUGGGGCCAAUGCAGCCUCAUGUUCCUCCUGGUGUCAACCCCAGUAUGAGCAGCAGUGCAGGUACCGCUGGAGUCAACAUGUACCAGCAGUCAGCCCACCCACACAUGCAGCACCCGGCCUAUAGGGGGCAGCACUUUUCUGAGACCCCUUCCUACCCGGAGAACAGUGCCAAUGCUGACACCAUGGCCUGCCUCUACCAGAACUAUCAGCAGGGGAUGAUGCAGCAGGGCCAGUUUGCAGAGGGCCAGCGCUCUCAAAGUGAGGGUCCUCCUGCAGGAGCCCUAUGCUCGGACCGGGGUCCUGGUGGAGGGCCAGAGGCGGUGGAUGCAAUCUACAGAGCUGUGGUGGACGCUGCCAGCAAAGGCAUGCAUGUUACGAUCACCGCCACUGUGAGCGGGACCACUCAAGCCAGCCCCGUCCCUGCCCUCAGUGCUAUGAGUGCCUUCACUGCUUCCAUAGGGGACCCUGUCAACCUGCCCCAGGCCGUGAGCGCAGUCUUGCACGGGCAGGAGGGGGACAACCGCUCCAGGGUGCUGCGCAGGGCUCCGAAAAACGAGCCCGAAAGUGGGGAGUACUUCCGCUCCCCUGGUCGGGGGACUCCCAGGAACCAAUGGGACAGGGAGCAGCACUUGCCUGGUUUAGACUCACAGAAUAGCAGCAACUGGGGCGGGGAAGAGUUUCUAGAGUGUUCCACUCAGGUCAGGAGCAGUCCCUGUGUGGAGCGUCCUGCUAGCCUGGCCCCUGCCCCAUCCUGCCCCUCAGAGGGCCACAGCGACCAUGGCAUGAUCCCCACUCACAACAAGGCUUUCCUGGAGGAGGCCUACCGCUUCAACAACUGCACUCGUGGCCCUGCCAACUACAAGGAACGCUUAGAGCACACACCCCUGAACGGAACUACCAACCAUUUCAACAGCAGACCUUAUGGGGAAGUCUUGACUGGGGACGAUCAAUCGCCUGGCUCCUCCACCAGUCUGGAGGGGCCUCUGGCCAAAGACUACAACCACUACAAUGGCCACCUCAAUGGUAUGGCCCCCAGCCCCUCAGACACCAAAAGCCUGAGCAGUGAGGAGGACCUGCGGCCUCCCGAUUCACCCUCUUCAGAGCCACUCUACCGCUCUAGGACCUUUAACAUGGGAGAGUUGGUGUGGGGGCUCAAAGGGUUCCCCCCUUGGGCCUCCAAACUGACCUCUGACGAACAAGCAGCGCUGCAGCUGAGGGAACAGGCCAAGGUAGAGCCAGAGAAGCUUAAAACACUAACACAUGACUUGGAGGCUCUUGAACGAGCGGCCAAACUAGGACUCAAGCCGGGAAAACUCAAUAAUCACUUAGAAGCUGCUAUCCACGAGGCCAUGAGUGAGCUGGACAAAAUGUCUGCUACAAGGGAGCGUCAACUGAAGCUCCCCAAAUCCAAGAGGAGGAAGAUCUCCAGAUAACAGCGACUGUCGCCCAGCUCCACGGUGCUAACACGGACAUACGGGCUGACGCAGACGCUGCUACAACAGUCUGGCCCCGAGACAACACCCAAACUGUUGCAAUUUGUCUACAGCUCACUGAAUGAACUAUUUUUUUCUAGUAAGAUAGUAAAACAUGGAAAGCUAUGAGCAUUACCUUGCAUAUUUAAGAAAAUAGACAGUCCAAAUAUUUCUGAUACAUUUUCAAUAUGUAUAUAGAUAAUCCUGAAAUUUCAUGCUAUUAAGAAUUGUAUGUAAAUAUUGUACAAUGUCAUGUACAAGCGUACCUAAUGCACAUUUUAUCUUUUAUUGUACAAACAGAAGUGUACCAAUGUGUUAGUUUCUAUUGAGAGUGCGGUUCUGUCCGGCCGCAUGUAUAGGACGAAUAAGACUACAGCAUCAUGUCAUCCUCACAGUGCCCUGUAGAGGUCCCCCUCUCCUGCUUUUAACAUAGUCACUCAGAAUGAACUUUACCAGAAAAGUGUUCCUCCGCAGUCAGUUCAGCUGAUCUGUCGAUUAUGUCUUCUCCGUUACUGGGUUUUUGCAAAGUCCACCCAAAGACUACUGCACUUGUAAUACAACUGUCAUUUUACUAUUGAACCACAGCUCUGGAGGGGUUGUCAUCAUAUCAUUUAGUAUUACUGUCCGGCCCACAGAGUACUUGAAUACUUGUACAUGCAGAGUGGAGACCCCAUAGCUGCAGUCUUUGGGUGGACCUCAUGUUACGUGGCUGCCACUGCUCCACAAACACUACACUAACUGGGCCUGGACACGGGCCUGGACACGCCGAAGAGGAGUUACUCACAUGUAGGGGCCUUGUCUUUUCUUUGGAUUUUGUUUACUUGUGUAAAUUAUUUGUGUACAGUACUCCAUAUUUAUUUUGAGCUUUACAAAUAUGAUGGCAAUAAUACUACAAAGAGUUGAGAACUCAAGCCUUAUAUGUGUAUGUCUUUCUAUGUUUUAAACUAUGGUCUGUCAUGAGUACUGUGCUUCGGUUUAGUUUGGGGGGUGGGGGGUAUUAGAGGACACUAAACACUGAAGAGAGCCCCGCCCACUUUCUGGAUUACCUGUUGCACCUGUUCAUACGUCCUUGCCGCGCCACACUAACUGUUCACGUUUGAAAAUACCUUUUUUUUGUGCAAACUAUUUCUCCAUUGUGUCAUCACUGACUGUAUUCUUAUCUGACAUCGAGAAGGUACUGUACUUAGUAUUCAAAGCUACUGUCUGGUCAGGGUGGGCAUGAUGGGCGAAAGUGGUCCGGACACAUGAACAGCUCUUUGGGUAAAGUUCAUUCUGCUCCAUUUGGCUUUCUCUCCUUUGUGUGUGAGGUGUGAGUGCUCUUCGAAUCUCAUCAUGUCAUUGUCAGUAUUUUUAUUUGGUAACUAAGUAUAUAUUGUGUCUAAUAUAUACUGUGUGAAGAAUGAUGUGCACUUGAUUGCUGGUGUUUUGGUUUGUGUGGGCUAGAGAUAGUCUGUCCAUUCUCCUCAGCUUGUUUGGACUUUUUUAAUGGUUUGAUGUAAGCCGAUUUUUUUGUAAAUAUUGUGAAACAUUACAGGUCAUGCAGUGAUGUAACAUUUGAACAAUGUUGCACAGAUGUUUAAGAUAUUAAAACAUGCUCACUUUUACUUGAACAAC